CGAUAUUGUGUAAAAGCAGUGAAUCGUUGCGAUGUUCUCGGCCGGUCUCUGCGUUUUCUUCUAACUUUAGAAGAACGGAACAAAAUCACACCGUACAUUCAGUUUUUUUUUCCUUUUCCACGAAGAUAUUAGAUUUUGUUAAUUAGUAUUUUGUUUGAGUCUAAAUAAGAAAAAAUGGUUAACUCCCUGAAUUUGUCUUUGGGCUCAAAAUGUGUCAAAUAUGUUAUGUUCGUAUUCAACCUGCUCUUCGUUAUAACGGGGAUAAUUUUGUUAUGCAUCGGACUGGCAAUCCACGGUGUCUACCACAAUUACCAACACUUCCUGGACAGUAAAUUUUUGUCAGUUCCUUCGCUUCUUGUUGCAAUUGGGUCAAUCAUCUUUUUCAUCGCUUUCUUCGGAUGUUGCGGAGCACUUCGUGAAUCUUAUUGGAUGAUAGUAACGUUCACUUCUUUGUUGGUGAUCGUUUUUAUCAUGGAACUCUCAGGUGGUAUUUCUGGAUACGUUUUGAGAGACAGAGCAUCGACUAUUAUACAAGAAAAAAUGGACAACACGAUGAAGAUGUACAGUAACAACACGGAAAUAGCCACUAUUUGGGAUGGACUUCAACGCGAUUUUCAUUGUUGUGGAACAACGAACGCGAGCGACUGGCAAAUUAUGCUGCAUACGCAGGCCAUUCCUGUUUCGUGCUGUGACGUCCAAGUGGGUGCUAUGGAAACAGCAAAUUGUACUACUUCUUCGCCGACUCUACAUCACGAUGGUUGUUACACCAAGUUCGUCUCCUUCAUUAAAUCUCACGCCGUUCAACUUGGGGGUGUUGGCAUUGGCAUUGCCAUUGUUCAGUUAACAGGGAUAAUGAUAAUAUCGGUUGGAACAACAAUUUAUGCAGUUUAUGAAGACUUCUCUCAUUUCCUUGAUCCAAGCUACUUCUCUCCAGCAACUCUCUUAAUCGUAGUUGGGAUUCUUGUGUUUCUGAUAGCUUUCCUAGGAUGUUUAGGAGCUAUUAAGGAAAGCACUUGCAUGGUUCUUGUAUUUGCAGUAUCACUAGUGCUGAUUCUUAUAUUAGAGUUAGCUGCUGCAAUUGCAGCUUAUGCCCUUCAGGAUAAUAUAAAGGCUCUUCUAAACGACAAGAUUAAUACUACGAUGCAUCAAUAUGGAAAAAAUGCUGAAGCAACAGCUGCUAUCGAUUUCCUACAAUCAAGGCUUUAUUGUUGUGGGUAUAACGGUUACGAAGAUUGGCAAGCGAUUACGGCAGAACUACCAAAAUCAUGCCGACAUUGGGCAGAUAUUGAUGCAAAUACUUCAUGCACUUUUGAUGAUAGUAUUGGAUGUCUUCCAUAUCCAACUGGAUGUAGUAAGCACUUGUCAGUAGUUGUUCACAGAAGUGUACUCUACAUUGGCACUGGAGCUGUAGCCAUUGCUCUUAUUCAGUUAACUGGAAUAAUGUUUGCCUGUAUGUUAGGCCGAGCAAUUCGAAGACAAAAAAUAGAAAGGGAGCGACGUAGAUGGGAAUUAAGAGAAAGUUUGGUCAAUGGAUAUCAACCAUUAGGAAAAUCUGAUCCUCUUACUACGUUCCCUGUUGUUUACAUGUCCUCUGAACCUUUAAAGAACACUUAGAAUAUAUCUGUUUGUACAUUCUUAACAAAUUAUCUUCUUGUUUAAUAAUUUGCCAUAAAUCUAUUUCAGUGUUUUUAAACGUUUUGUCUGUCUCAAUGUCACUCUGCCUUUUAAAAUUUUAAAUGAUACUAUAAGAAAUUCAUGGAAAAAUAUUUUUAUUUUGUAUCCUGAACUCUUGUGCUUGUUUCACAUGAAAUUCACUUCUUCUUGUAAAUUGUACAUUUAAGAUUCUACUUUUUCGUUGCCCGAAGCUACCAAAUAAUUUGCAAGCAACAUUCAAAUGUGUAAUCUUUGUACAAAAUUACAAUUGUAGAUAUAUAUACAAAUAUUGAAUAUAUUUCUGUAAUAUACAAUGAAAUGAAUAAUUAAAUUGUAUUUGAAUAUUUUAUUAUUAUA